AUGGCGGAUACGGAUCCGGGUUCGUCCAACCACAAUGACGUCGCCACAGCCCCGUCUCACGACGUUUGGGCAGACGUCGUCACUCCUCCUAGUCCACCCGCUCGUACCGCUCGCGACGACGCCAACGGCGGUGCCAGCGCCAGCAUGCAUGCUCCCGCCCAUCUGAGGGCCGCGCACACAGACCAUACCUCUGCAGACAACUUCGGCUUCCCCUCGGCCGGCCUCUCCACGAGGCUCUCGCGCAAAGACUCUUCCUUCGACUCCAAACCCAGCACACAAAGGCCAGCAUUCUCUCCGUACGAGGCCGAGAAUCUCGACCUCGCCUGGGCAUCAUCAUCUCAGCAGCCCAAGCGCAAGCCAUCGUCCAGCACACUCUCUGCCAAUGCAUCGGUCUUCAAACCCUCCCGACAAGCUCAAGAGACGCUCCAGGUCUCUUCGUUUGGCAACGAUUUCCAGGACCCACUAUCGAGUGCAUACAGCUCAGCUGAUCAGUCCCAUACCAUCCCGACCUCAUCAGCUGAGCCGAACGAUCACCAAGGCGACGAAACGAUCCGCAACGACGAUGCACCAACGGAGCGCGCAAAUGGCAAUAUCGACGCUGAAGAACAGCGAGACGUCAUCCAAGACCGGAACGCACAGACAGACUCCGCCGAGCUCCCGGCCACUGACCAGGCUUCGGACGACGACGAUGAAGAAGACUUCGUAUACCCAGGCACCACCGAUGCCGACGAUCCGAAAGACCAGCCCACACUGCCAGAAACAAACGGAACGCCCUCGGCUGCUUCUCUGUCGGGUCCCGAACAAGCAGAUACCUCAUCGAUCGGCGACGAAGCUGCCACCUCCUCUAUCCCAGCCGUAGCCACUACCGAGACCGCGAGCGCACAACAACCACCUGCCGACCCAGCCCGUUUACCCACCCGGGCAGCGGACAUCGACUACGACAAGCUCGCCCAGCUCUGCAGUCGUGGGUCCCUCUCGGAUCUUCGAGCGUUCUUCGAGGCCACUUGCUCCGCAACCCAAGGCUCCCCUGCAACCUCGAUGUUCGCCCUCGCCAACGAUCCCAAUCCCAGCAACGGGCUUGUGCCGCUUCACUUUGCCUCCAGGGAAGGUCAGACCGACAUCGUCCGCUGGCUCAUCACAGAGGCGGGCGCCAUCGUCGAGAUGGAGGACCGCGAAGGCGAGACCCCUCUCCACAAGGCCGCCAUGGCCGGCAAGCUCUCCGCCACAUCCCUCCUCUUGACCCAGGGUGCAAAUGCAAACGCAAAGGAUUCCGACGGCUGGACUGCCCUCCACAACGCCUGCAGCCGUGGCUACCUCGACCUCGUCCGCGUCCUCAUCGAUCGCGGUCACGCCGAAGUCGACGCCCAGGGCGGCAGAGGCGCCUGGACUCCACUCAUGAAUGCUGCGUCCAAGGGCCACCUUCCUGUCGUCCGUCACCUCACGGCAAAAUACCACGCCGAUCCGUUCAUCCGCAACGCUGCCGGCGAGACCGCCUUCGAUGUCGCCGCUGCCACCUUUGAGAUCUACCUCUGCGAAGUCCUCGAGCGCUACGAGGCCGAACGAUGGAAUGCCGCUAAAUUCACCGGCACGGCCUCCACCGCGCCCGGACAGAUCAUUCCCGGCCGCGGUCCGUACGAGCCUCUCGCCUUGCACACCACCCUUCCCGUCGUGCUUCACGAGAAUCAGCGCCUCGACACGCGUCUCCAGACGCUUGCCAUGAACGGCGCAAAGCCAAGGUGGAGCUCUUCCAGCGCAGCACGCGCCCACAAGCCCGACCGACGCUCGCCCACCUCCAUGCCGCCCGGCCCUCUCGCUCCCAGCCGCACACGACACUCGCCGAUGCGUCAGGACGAUGUAGCUUUGCCAUCCCGCAAGCUCCCCUACAAGCUCCGCCUUCGCGUGCGCACCAGCCAAGCCGCCGCACGACGUCGCGCUGCCAUGGCUGCAUCCCAGCGCGGCCAGAACUCGCAAUCCACCCAAGAAGACGAAAUGGCCAGCACGCCCACUCCCGAGUCCGUCCUGCAUGCUCGUCGUGCCGGUCGUGCUGCCGCCUCGACCGCUGUCGACGGCGCCGAACAAGAGAGCUCGCACUUCUGGCUCUCCGAGUGGCAGCUCGAUACCACUCAUCCUUUGGUCGACGUUGAGCAGGGCUGGCAGUACGCCCAGUCCUUUGAUGCGCUAGACGACAAGUGGUCUUCUCAGCCACCACCGCCGCUUGAACGCCUGCUCGAGGGCCGCGGACUCAGCGCCUCGGUCACCCGAGCUUUGACAGGCGGUGCGGGCCUCGCCAACGCACAGGCCGACCAGGAAGCUUCAGCCAGCGGCUGGGUUCGACGAAGGCGCUGGGUCCGCGUCAUGCGACGCCGUCUCGACAUUGAAUUCGGCGACGACCUCGAAGCGUGCGAAGGCGCUGCUUCGGGUGCAAAUGAGCUGUCCGGCGACGAAGACGCGGCGUACGGAUCUGGCAGCCAGGGCCUGUCGACUGCUGCCAUGAUGGCGGCGCAGGAGGCCGCCAAGCUCGAAUGUUCUCAGUUGGGUCCCGACGCCGACUACGUCAGCCGGGCAAGGGCGCUGGCAGGCUCGAGUGCGGCUGCCGGCGCCACGCCAGCUGAUGCCAUGGGUGCCGAUCGCGACGAGCUGGCCAGACGCAUUGCUCGUCUCUACAUGGCUAUCACCGAGCUUCGCGCCGCGUUCGAAGACGAUGACGUCGAGCGCAGGAGCCGCGCCGAGGAGCUCCGAAAGGAGUUUACACUUCAGCUCGGCCAGCUGCGGGAGGCUGCCGGAUUGGACGAUGACGAGGACGACGAAGGUGACGACGACGACGAGUUCAUCUACCCCAACUCGUACAAGGACGAUGGAGCUUCUGUCUUUACGCGUAUGGUCAACGGCGAGACGUCCGGCACGCUCUCGCGACCUGCGAUCUCGCAGCGGCAGAGCAGUGCCGCCUCGCUGAUGCGCAGCAGAGUCGAGCCGUCCGAGGCGGGCACUUCGCUCGCAGCCGCUCGCAGCGCCGAUCUGGCCGCGAGCCGCGACUUCCGUGUGCCCACCAACGAGGCGCCCAACAAGGUGGCGCUGCGUCAAGGCCCGGCGAUGCGCGAGCAGAAUCUGCAGCCGCAGUGGGAGCGCGACGAAGAGGCGCGCGACUGCAGAGGGUGCGGUCGUCACUUUACCUUCUUCCUCCGCAAGCACCACUGCCGACGUUGCGGUCGCAUCUUCUGCGACGCGUGCUCGUCCAAGCGCGCCCAGCUCCGGCUGGCCGAGAUUGUGGUCGACCCGAGCCUGCCUGGGAUGGCGGCAUCGGAAGUGCUGGCGCCCACGCGCAUCUGCAACAGCUGCCAUGCCGAGCUCCAGCUGCCGCCGCAGCUGCAAAACACGCGCGGCGCAGAGGCUGUCAUGGCCGCAUCGCGCACGCGAGCAGCUGGCGACCCUUCGAGUCGCAGCGGCGCCGAAACCCAGCUGGACGAGGGCGGAUUCAUGUCGACGCUCGCACCGCCUAGCGACGUCUCGAGUCGCGCCAGCGAGCUCACCGAGUGCCCCGUCUGCUCGACGUCGCUCCAGCAGCUCGGCGGCAGCGAAGAGCAGGAGGCGCACGUGCGCAACUGCCUCGAAAACGGAGGCGGCGGAAGCAUGCAGGGCGGACGAUAUCUGGUGUACAGGCUGCCCGAAAACUCGCCGAUCGUCGGCAAGGAGUGCUCCAUCUGCAUGGAGGACUUUGUCGCCAACAGCACCAUCGCCCGGUUGCCCUGUCUGUGCUACUUCCACCGCGGUUGCAUCGACUCGUGGUUCAAACGCGGCAGGGAGUGCCCCGUGCAUGCCAGGUCGUGGUAG